AGGAAUAGUUUAGAUUUGAGCCGGAGAGGAAAGAGAGUUGAGAAGAAUAAUGGCAGAAGAGAAGAGCAGAGACGCUCGAAGACGAAGAAGAAUCCUCCAAGAAGGAUCCGACCGUCUGGCUUUCAUCACGGGUCGUAUCCAAAGACUCCCCGAUCCAAACACCACUUCUGUCCACCACCCCCAACCACCCCCUCAGCCCGAGAUCUCAACCGCCCCUACUCCCCAACCUGAACCGGAACCCCAACCUGAAGCUGUCCGAUUACAACCACAACCUCGGAGCCAACGUUUGAUAACCCCAAGCGACAUAAGUGGUGCCAUCUACGCCUCCAGGGGUAGGCGUCUUUGUUGUUCGGUUCUGGUGGCCCUUCUAGUGCUCGCAUCUUACAGCUUUGGGAUCCCAAUAAGCUUUCGACCGCUCUACUUGCUUCUCCUCACUAAUCUAACGCUUCUCAUUGCCUACCUCUUUUCUGCCCAAAACAGGGGCUCUUCUGGAGAGGGUUUAGGGCAACUCGCCAAGACCUUGGAACUCUGUCUCCUGCUGCGCAGCGUGGCCGAUGCUGUCUUCAUCGAUUGUGCCGUCUAUUCACUCGUUCUCGUAUGUGGUCUCUCUCUUCUCCGCACAAUCAAUCAUCAAAUUCUUCUCUUUCUUUGAACUCUCUUCUUUUUCAUUUACGUUUUUUACUUUGUAACUCACUUUCACUUUACUAAUUUCCUUCUUCUUUAGUUACUUGCCAUUUUUUUUUGCUCAAUGCACUGUAAUAUGGAAAAUAAGAAACUCAUUAGCCUAGAAUGCCUAAUGACCAUUGUUUGGAAUUAUUAUUC